GGGAAGGCGGGUCCACACGUUCCGGGGCGGGGAGGGAUGCUUUGCAAGGCAGCUGCUGUGUCUUCCCGGCGGGGCGGAGGAGGAAGACGCGCGGCUGCUCCUCCCGGCGCCUGAGCAGGGCGCGCAGCCAGCAGCGGAGGGAGCCCCGGCGCCGCCGCCCGCUCCGAUCUCCCGGGACUCCUCUUCGCCGCCAGCGCCUCUCCUCUCUUCGGCCGCCGCAUGUCCAGCCUGCAGCGCCCCGUGGCCGCCUCGGCCCAGGCCCAGCCCGUCUCCCUAACAGCCGAGCAAGCCAAAGUGGUUCUGGCUGAAGUGAUCAAGGCAUUUGGUGCGCCGGAAAACGCCCAGCGCAUGGAGGAGGCGAGGGACAACGCCUGCAAUGACAUGGGGAAGAUGCUCCAGUUCCUGCUGCCUGUGGCUACCCAGAUCCAGCAGGAUGUGAUCAAAGCCUAUGGGUUCAGCAAUGAUGGGGAAGGAGUCCUAAAGUUUGCCCGAUUGAUAAAAUCGUACGAGUCUCAGGAUCCCGAGAUUGCAAGCAUGUCUGGGAAGCUAAAAUCCAUGUUCCUGCCUCCAAUGACAUUGCCCCCCCAUGGGACUGGGGCAGGGGGUGUGGCAGCAUCAUGAAGCAGGCAACUUCUGCCGCCUUUUCCUGUCUAAAUUAUGCUGCUGCCCCUGCGGCAGUGUUAACUUGAUUCUUGGACAUCAUCUUCUUUCCGUUGUCAUGAGAGAUGUUUUUGACUUCUGUGAGCAGUCCUUGUUUUGCAUCAUAUAUUAUGUAUUUUUUGUGCUCGUGAAUAAAUUUUGCUUGUUUGUAAA